AGCCGCCGACGCGGUGCUAUAGGGCGCACGCGCCCGAGCCCGAGCCCGGCCUCCCUCCCCGCGCGUUCCGGGCGGGGGCGGGAGAGAUUGGACGACGCGGCUGGCGUCGGCCACGGGGAGAAUUCUCAGAUGAGCGCCGCAUGGGAGCGCUUCCACCACUUCAGGAACUUCGAGGGCGCCAGCGGGAUGGCCAUCGGCCUCGAGCCCGUCGAGGGGAAAGCGCCGUCCGGCUGGAUAGCAAGGCAGAAGAAGCUGCUGGGGAUAGGCGGCAAGGCGAAGAGCAGCAGCUCCUCGAGCAGCUCCUCCACCAGCAGCGGCAAGAAGAGGAAAAAGAAAGAGAAGAAGCGCCUGAAGAAGGAGAAGAAGCAGCUGAAGAAGCAGGAGAAGAAGGCGAAGAAGGACGGGCCCCCGGCGUGUAUGCCUCUGCGCCCCGCGGCGGCGGCCGGGAGCGCAGCGAGACCGCACACCAGCUGGCUGCGACGAGGCGCGCGGCGUGGCUCCCAGUGGCGACGGAGCUCCUGCCUGUGCCUGCGCGCCGCGAGCCUCUGCUGUCGCCUGGCGGAAGGCUCGGGGACAAGACCCGCUGUGGUCUCGCAGGGGGCCGGAUGCUCCCUGCUCCCUGCCCAGGGCUUCUCAUAGGGAGCAGGAUUGGACUCAACCGUGAUGGGCAAACGUUCCACCACCACUACCAC